AUGGCUGACUUGAAUACCGGCAAAGACAUAUCAAUUAUCUGCCAUCAAAUUGCUGAAGCACAGAGAAAUAUCGUUCAAACGAUAUUGUCUACAAAUCUUCUCAUUGUUUACGAUGAUGAAGAAGUAUUACAAGAAUUCCAACGAACGGAUUUCAUUGCGUCGAACUGUAUAAACAAGGUGAAUGUUUUCAACGAUCUCCAACAUUGUGUUGACUACGUCAUCGAGACAACAAGUGAAGAUUCAGAAGUCAAAUUCAUGAUUUUGCUUGGCGGACGUUUCUCAUGCGAUCUUGUUACUUAUAUCAUCAAUUGUAAACAAGUUCAGAAAAUAAAUCUAAAGUGA